AUGCACUGCACGGACUUGCCAUCGGCUCCGUGCCGCAAGCGCGAAGCCGGACAAAAUGAGCGGCUCAAGGGCGCCAUCACAGAGGCACGCCGCCAGCAGAAUCGGCGGGCACAAAGAGCUUUCCGAGAGCGGCGGCGGACGAAGAAACAGCCCCCGCCCAGCACUACGCCUAGGCUACUUGCACCCUGUCCACGUGAAGCCCGAGGGGAUAUCACUAUAACCUCCUCCAAGACAGAAAUCUUGGACCGGCUCCGGAGCGCUACGCACCCAGAACCUCUCACACCCAGCAGCUCGCAUCAGGCACUCAGGGGCCGCACGCAUGAUCGGCAAUAUCCCGGUUCCCGCAGCACCACAGACGUGCCCUUCACAUUUUCUUGCCCGCAGACAUUACUCCCGACGCACCAGUCUUUCAUCUCCAAACGCAGCACGCCCUUUACCGAGCUCUUGGACCUCGUGAGAGAUAGCCCGAGGGCUGCACUCUGGCCUCACGGAGUCACUACUACCAUAGCCGCGUGCUUGUUCAAUGCCCGCGCUCUCGGAAUCGACCUUGAACGGGUCAUGGAUCCGCACUACAUGUCACCGUUCUAUCAAGCUUCGCUCUCACCGACAUUGCUGUCCUCAGGAUCGUCAAUUCAGCCAACAAACCACAGCAAUACAUCGGCCUCUGAUGUCCCGUUAGCGAUCCCCGUCCCCUUACGCCCGUGCUCCGCUCAGGUCAUCUUUCCCCACCACGUCUGCCUCGACAUGCUCCCACUCCCGAGGCUGAGGGAGACGGCCGUGAUGCUGGAUGUCCGUUCUCAGCAAGGAAGAGAAGUAAGUGGAGCAGCAUCAGCAGCCCAGGAGCUGAAGCAAGACGUCUACCUCCGGCAGGGCGUCCGGUUCCGAGGGACGGGCGAGCUCAUUGGAGGCGAGUACGUCAUGUAUGACCAUGACAGCGACCGACACUGCGGCCACCCGUGGGAAAGGGGCAGUUGGGCGGUGGCGCCGUGGUUUACGAGGAAAUGGUUACUGUUUGUCGGAGAUCAUAUCUGA